UCUGUAAAUACAUUGAAGGCCAAUCCCCACAAGUUAUCUGACAACGUUCUGCUCAAGUGCGUAGUUUACCAGACUCCUCGAAACAUUUCGUCCAAUCAGCUUUACAGCGUGUGCUGCCAUUCUGAAAACAAACCAGUAGAAAUGGCUAACGAUAUACCCAUAGUCGAUCUAGCUGAUAUAGGAUUGCAUCACUUGGAUAAACCGCGGAAAAGUACCGUUGAUCGAGUAGCCAACGAACUGGAUUCAGCGUUUUCUACUGUUGGAUUUGUUUACCUAAAGAAUCACGGCAUCGAACAACAAACGAUCGAUGACGUAUUUCAAGCUUCCAAAUCGUUUUUCCAAUUACCGGAUGCCAUAAAAGACGUUUACAGAUGUGGUAAACCUGACAGUGAAUCUGACGGAUACACAGGGAAAGACCAAGAAAUUUUGGAUGUCAGCAGUCUGCAUGAAAUAAGAGAGGCAUAUGAUGUUGCUUCACCUGACGGAAUUUAUCCGGAUGAACACACGCCUGAAUUCCGUAAAGCUAUUAAUAAAUUGGCUCCGUUGUUGAGAGAACUCACGACCCGACUGUUAAAAUGCAUGGCUCUUGCUUUAGAUUUGGAGGAGGAUUUCUUUAGUAGCCGUCAUCAGUUUAUGUUCCACGGAGCAGAAAAGAAUCGGACAAUUUUCAGGUCGCUUUACUACCCCACGUUAUCUGACGCAGACAUCCAGCCCGGGGUGGUACGGUGUGGGGCGCAUUCCGAUUAUGGAGCCAUUACUCUUCUUCUCCAGGAUGAUAUGGGUGGACUAGAAGUAUUAUCUAAAGGAGAAUGGAUACCUGCUACUCCUAUUCGAGGAACAAUUUUAGUCAACCUGGGAGAUCUCAUGCAGUUUUGGACGUCUGAUCGUUAUGUUGCUACAGUUCAUCGCGUCCUGGUCCCAGAAGAAGAAGUUCGACGGCGUUCCACUCGCCAAUCCAUCGCCUUCUUCGUACAUGCUGAUAACGGUGUAUUGAUUUCACCGAUAGACGGAUCUGAGAAACACCUUCCUGUAGAAGCCUUGGCCUAUUUGAAAUCUCGCAUAUCUGUUACCUACAAAUGAUUUGCCAUUGUAGUAGUCUCUACUAGGUUACGUCUGUAAAUGCACGUUUGGUAUAGCACAACGUAUUUCCUACGCUUUAAAAUAACCCGCCAUCUUUGUAGGACUACAACUACACUGGUCAAUAAAUAAUAGAAAAUGAAA